AUGAGCCUUCCGCGAUUCGAACCCACAGCCAAAAGCUGCUCGCUCGAACCGCGGCCGACUCUACCAUCGCGGCCGCAGCUGCUGAGCUCUCCAGAAGACUGGUGCCUCAUAUGCUGCCUCCCUGCGGAUGCUGCCGGCGAGCCUGGCGGUCCGCUGUACUACAAGGAAGUGCUGACUCGACUUCUUCCCGAAUUCUUCUACCCCCACGACUCGGAACGCGAAUUGAGAUCACCCGAGUCAGAGCAGCUGAGCCUGCCUCUGGCCUCGCCUCCCUCUCCUUCAGGCAUUCGUGGCAUCCUAUGGGUCGUCCAGAGUAUCGACCUCUGGCGAGUCAGCCAGCCCCGCUUUGAGGGCGCCAUGAAGUACAGCGAUCGCCACCUCGCUGGCCUCUCCGCAGGCCCCCCCGACCGCGUCGAACUCAUCGGCGCGGGCUCUCUCGGCUACGGGACCGGCCCCAGCUUCGGCUGA